AUGGUGAAGGUCGGAGUGAACGGAUUUGGCCGCAUCGGGCGCCUGGUGACCAGGGUGGCCAUCAUGACGGGCAAAGUGGAGAUCGUGGCCAUCAACGACCCCUUCCUCGACCUCAACUACAUGGCCUACCUGUUCCAGUACGACUCCACCCACGGCAAGUUCCGGGGCUCGGUGAAGGCCGAGGACGGGAAGCUGGUGGUCAACGGCAGGGCCAUCCUUAGCUUCCAGGAGCGGGACGCCGCCAGCAUCCGGUGGGCCGAGGCCGGCGCCGAGUACGUCGUGGAGUCCACGGGCGUGUUCACGACCCUGGAGAAGGCUGCCGCGCACCUGAAGGGCGGCGCCAAGCGGGUCAUCAUCACGGCCCCCUCGGCCGACGCCCCCAUGUUCGUCAUGGGCGUGAACCACGAGAAGUACCACAAGGACCUGCAGAUCGUCAGCAACGCGUCCUGCACCACCAACUGCCUGGCCCCGCUGGCCAAGGUCAUCCACGAAAACUUCGGCAUCGUGGAGGGGCUCAUGACCACCGUGCACGCCACCACGGCCACCCAGAAGACGGUGGACGGGCCCUCGGGGAAGCAGUGGCGGGACGGGCGCGGGGCGGGCCAGAACAUCAUCCCUGCCUCCACGGGGGCCGCCAAGGCGCUGGGCCGCGUCAUCCCGGAGCUGGACGGGAAGCUGACGGGCAUGGCCUUCCGCGUCCCCGUCCCCAACGUGUCGGUCGUGGACCUGACCUGCCGCCUGGAGAAAGGCGCCAAGUACGACGAGAUCAAGAAGGCGGUGAAGCAGGCCGCCAAGGGGCCCCUCAAGGGCAUCCUGGGCUACACCAACGAACAGGUCGUCUCCUCCGACUUCAAUAGCAACACCUACUCCUCCACCUUCGACGCGGGCGCCGGCGUGGCCCUCAACGACCACUUCGUCAAGCUCAUUUCCUGGUAUGACAACGAGUUCGGCUACAGCAGCAGGGUGGUGGACCUGAUGGUCUACAUGGCCUCCAAGGAGUAG